AUGAAUUUUCUUUUUUUUAUUAUUUGGGGUGUAUCUGCCCCCUUCUUCGCUCACUGUGUGUUGAUUAAGCCUUCUUCUCUCUCGCUCAGCAGCAGCAGCAGCAGCAGCAGCAGCAGCAGCAGCAGCAGCAGCAGCAGCACAUGGCUGCAGCAGCAGGAGGGGGGUCUCGACCCCCCCCCAGCCUUCGUGGAGGCCGACCGCUUCCUUCGUCCUCUGCGGCAAGGGCAGCAGCUGCUGAGAGCAGCAGUGCAGCAGCAGCAGCAGCAGCAGCAGCAGCAGAAUUUAUUGGGUCUUGCUGCAUAUCCUCUCCCAGCAGCAGUAGCAGCAGCAGCAGCAGAAAAAGGAAACAAAGACAAAGAAAAAGAAAAAGAAAAAAAUGCAGUAGCUGCAGCAAGUGCUCCUCAAUAUAAUACACAGCAGGCGCCAGACACACCUGCUGCUGCUGCUGCUGCUGCAAAUCCUGCUGCUGCACCUGCUGCUGCAGUACCUGCUGCUGCUGCACCUGCUGCCUCAGCACCUGCUGCAGCACCUGCUGCAGCAGCAGCUGCUGCUGCACCGGCCGAAGAAGCACCAGCAGCAGCAGCAGCAGGAGAAAUAUUAACAGCAGCACGAGCAGCACCAGGAGGAGGCGGAGCAGCAGGAGGAGGUGCAGCAGCAGGAGGAGCAGCAGCAGCAGGAGGAGCAGCAGCAGGAGGAGCAGCAGCAGCAGGAGGUGCAGCAGCAGGAGGAGGAGCAGCAGCAGGAGGAGGAGCAGCAGGAGGAGCAGCAGCAGGAGGAGCAGCAGGAGGAGCAGCAGGAGGCGGCGGAGGGGGUGGUUCUGAGUCUUCAUCAGCAGCAGCAGCAGCAGCAGCAGCAGCAGAGUUGCUGAGGCUGCAGCAGGAGGUAGCAUCAGCAGUACGUCAUAACAAAGAAACGCAGCAGCUGCUGGAAGCACCUGCUGCAGCAGCACCUGCUGCUGCACCGGCUGAAGAGGCACCAGCACCAGCAGCAGCAGGAGGCGCAGCAGGAGAAAUAUUAACAGCAGCACGAGCAGCACCAGGAGGAGGAGGAGCAGCAACAGGAGGUGCAGCAGCAGCAGGAGGAGCAGCAGCAGCAGGAGGAGGUGCAACAGCAGCAGGAGGUGCAGCAGCAGGAGGAGCAGCAGCAGCAGGAGGAGCAGCAGCAGGAGGAGGUGCAGCAGCAGGAGGUGCAGCAGGAGGAGCAGCAGGAGGAGCAGCAGGAGGCGGCGGAGGGGGUGGUUCUGAGUCUUCAUCAGCAGCAGCAGCAGCAGCAGCAGCAGCAGAGCUGCUGAAGCUGCAGCAGGAGGUAGCAUCAGUAGUAAGCCAUAACAAAGAAACGCAGCAGCUGUUGGAAGACGGGGUGCAGCAGCUAGUAGAUAGAGCGAAGCGAGGGGGGGGCAGGCUGCUGCAGCACGCUACAACCAGAGAGGUAGCCACCAGAAACGGGUGGGCCCUACCCUCCUUCACCGGUUCCCUCAGACCCCCGCAGCAGCAGCAGCAGCAGCAGCAGCAGCAGCAGCAGCAGCAGCAGCUGCAGCAGCAGCAGGAGAUACAGGAGAAAGCUCAUAUACAAGGGGGGAUUGGGUUUUACCCUAUACUCAUCCUCUCAGAUGUUAUGGCGGGGGACGGAACCACUCUGCUGCCCCCACCAAGCGAAACCCUCCCCAGCAGCAGCAGCAGCAGCAGCAGCAGCAGCAGCAGCAGCAGCAGCAGCAGCAGCAGCAGCAGCAUGAUACCUCGUUACAAACGCCCAUCUAUGGCUGCUCUGGAGCAGCUAUGUUUCUCUUUUUUUGUGUCUGAGAAAGAAGAAGCUGCUACAGCGGUACCCCCCUCUUUAUGGACCCCAACACUGCUGCAUGCGCUCAAAGAAACUCACAAAAAAGAGACAGACGGGGUGCAGCAGCUAGUAGAUAGAGCGAAGCGAGGGGGGGGCAGGCUGCUGCAGCACGCAACAACCAGAGAGGUAGCCACCAGAAACGGGUGGGCCCUGCCCUCCUUCACUGGUUCUCUCAGACCCCCGCAGCAGCAGCAGCAGCAGCAGCAGCAGCAGCAGCAGCAGCUGCAGCAGCAGCAGCAGCAGCAGGAGAUACAGGAGAAAGCUCAUAUACAAGGGGGGAUUGGGUUUUACCCUAUAGUCAUCCUCUCAGAUGUUAUGGCGGGAGACGGAACAACUCUGCUGCCCCCACCAAGCGAAACAAUCCCCAGCAGCAGCAGCAGCAGCAGCAGCAGCAGCAGCAGCAGCAGCAGCAGCAGCAGCAGCAGGAGCAUGAUACCUCGUUACAAACGCCCAUCUAUGGCUGCUCUGGAGCAUCUCUGUCGUUCUUUUUUUGUGUCUGUACACCGCAUGCAUAAACUGCGGGGGAAGCUACCUUAUAGGAUCACGCAGGGGCCCAGCCUGCUGCAGCACCUCAGCAGCCUAGACACCACGCAUACAACAGCAAAGAUGGGGCUGCUGCUGCAGCACCAGCAGCAGCAGCAGCAGCAGCAGCAGCAGCAGCAAAGAACGAAGAAAUAUAUUAAGUAUGAUGACCCCGUACCUGCUCUUAUACAAGCUGGUGUAUCGGCACCUCUGGCUAAGGCUGUGGGGGAUUUACUCAAUACAAGCUCAACAGCGAGGCCAACUCUUGAACAUAUAUGCAGAAGACUUGGAUUAGAUUUAUAA